AAUUCCUACCUGCCUACUACGUCCAGUGUCCCCUCACAGUCGCAUCAGCCUCAGAGAAGAAGAAAAACAUGGGCAGACAGAAGGUGUAUUUGGACAAACUGUCCCGCUUCUUCCAGAUCCGCAACCUGUUGCUUCGGCAGGCGCUGGCAGAGUGUCUUGGCACCCUCAUCCUUGUGAUGUUUGGCUGCGGUGCUGUGGCCCAGCUGGUGUUGAGCAGCGGUUCCCAUGGCAUGUUCCUCACUGUCAACUUUGCCUUCGGCUUUGCUGCCACCUUAGGCAUCCUGGUCUGUGGUCAAGUAUCAGGUGGCCAUCUGAACCCCGCAGUGACUUUUGCCCUGUGUCUACUUGGAAGAGAGCCCUGGAAGAAAUUCCCAAUGUACUUCCUCUUUCAGACAAUCGGUGCUUUCCUUGGUUCUGCCAUCAUUUUUGGCAUGUACUACGACGCUCUGUGGGACCAUCCUGGAAAUUUCAAUGUGACUGGUCCUAGAGCCACAGCUGGCAUCUUUGCCACCUACCCUGGAAAGCAUCUCACUAUUGUCAAUGGCUUCUUUGAUCAGAUAAUUGGCACAGCAGCCCUAAUCGUUUGUAUUCUGGCUAUCGUGGACCCAUACAACAACCCCAUCCCCCAGGGGCUGGAGGCCUUCACUGUGGGAUUUGUGGUUCUGGUUAUUGGACUGUCUAUGGGCUUUAACUCUGGAUAUGCUGUCAAUCCUGCCAGAGACCUUGGACCACGUAUUUUCACUGCAAUGGCUGGGUGGGGCACUGAGGUCUUCACGACGAGAAACGGCUGGUUCCUUGUGCCCAUUUUUGCCCCGUUCCUUGGCACCAUCAUCGGUGUGAUGAUCUACCAGCUGAUGGUUGGCUACCACAUGGAGGGAGAAGCACGUGACAGAAAGAGCCAGGAGCAGGAAAACGUCGGACUCACCAACGUCAACACCAACAACGCCAAAGACGGGCACUGAGUGUGUUAAGAUAUAAACCUCCAAACAGUCAGAAAGAUGCACAUUCUGUAAAUACCACACCAGCCUUUUUUCCUAACACAACUGUAGAAGCCAAGUUUUUUUCCCCAAACCACCUUAACAGCUGUUGGGUCAACUCCCAAGAUGGCUGUGUGAAAACAGGCCACUCUUAACUUUAUCAUGUGAUUGUAUAACAAUGUAGAUGAUCAGUUGUAUAUGGAGGAAAGAAACAGAACUUUAGAAAACACAGAAUUACAUUAAUUCUUUUAAGAGAUGAACAGUUUGAUGUUAGUAUGUGUAGCGCUCACUUUCAACAGUAUUGUAUGCUUUAUACUAAUAUAGUUUUGUCACUUUUUAUAUGUAUGUCUCUCCCAACCAAUUACUAUGCAUUUUGUCAGUCCAGGGCCUUUCAAUGUUAGCGUUUGAGUUUGGGGAAAUUGUCAGCAGUUUCUGCAAUAGAAAUUUUAAACUUGAACUCAACAGCUCAAAUAUCUGCAAAUGAAUAUUGUCCAUUCAGAAAGUUUGUGCUGCUGCAACUGUAUCAGAGCUGCUGUCAUUUCUUUCAAUGUAGUAACCCUUUAACAUGCAAAAGCUUUAACCAGCAGUUUCCACACAAGCUGACAAACUACUGUGACAUGUCAUCAGCUUGCAAACUUGACUAUUUGCUCUCUGUCAGAAACAAAUGUCACCCGAAGCGUUUGUAGCCAUGCUGUUACAACUAUCAGGCUGUCAUGUUCAAUUUGUAUGACUCCAUGGUUGGGUGCAAAACUAGACUGUGAGCACCUGUUAUUUUUUUAGGUUGAGGGGGAAAUGCUUUUGUAUUGAUUCAAUAAAGUCUGUUUUUAUUGUUGCAGGAAUGCAGCUAAUGUUA